AUGUCUACAGCAAAAUUAGAUUUUGUUAGAGCAUAUGAAAAAGAAGUUCAAAAUAAAUGGGAAAGUGAUAAACAAUUUGAAAUUGAUGCAUUAGAUGCACCAGAUGCUGAACAUCCAAAAUAUUUAGCAACAUUCCCAUACCCAUAUAUGAAUGGAAGAUUACAUGUUGGUCAUGUUUUCACAAUCACCAAAGCAGAAUUUAUGUGUCAAUUCCAAAGAUUAAUGGGUAAAAGAGUUUUAUUCCCAUUUGCAUUCCAUUGUACUGGUAUGCCAAUUAAAGCAUGUGCUGAUAAAUUAAAGAAAGAAAUUGAACAAUUUGGUUGUCCACCAGUUUUCCCAGUUAUUGAAGAAAAACCAAUUCAAGAAGUAACAACAGCAGUAAAAGAAGAUCCACUUUCAUUUAAAUCAAAGAAAACAAAAGCAGUAGCAAAAUCAGGAGGAGCAGUAUAUCAAUGGAAGAUUAUGCAAAGUUUAGGUAUUUCAGAUGAAGAGAUUCCAAUGUUUGCAGAUUCAGCCUAUUGGUUAAAUUAUUUCCCACCACAUUGUGAAAGUGAUCUUAAAUUAUUAGGUGUUGGUGUUGAUUGGCGUCGUUCAUUCAUUACCACUGAUGUCAAUGGUUAUUAUGAUUCAUUUGUUCGUUGGCAAUUUGAAUCACUCAAAGCAUUAGGUAAAGUAAAAUAUGGUAAACGUUAUUCAAUUUGGUCAACAAUUGAUGAUCAACAAUGUGCCGAUCAUGAAAGAGCACAAGGUGAAGGUGUUGGACCACAAAAUUAUACUCUCAUUAAAUUAGAGGUUGUUGAACCAAUUCCAGAAUGUCUCAAAGAGAUUCAUUCACAAGGUAAAAAGAUUUAUUUAGUACCAGGUACAUUACGUCCAGAGACAAUGUAUGGUCAAACCAAUUGUUGGAUUCUUCCAACCGGUAAAUAUGGUGCCUUUGAAAUGGCCAAUGGUGAUAUAUUUGUUUGCACAGAAAGAUCCGCUCGUAAUAUGUCAUACCAACAAAUGACCACCGGUAAGGGUGAAUAUAAAUGUCUCGCCAAAUUUGAAGGUUCCGAUAUUUUAGGUGCCGCUUUAAAAGCCCCAUUAGCAAUCAACCCAAUCGUUUACGUCUUACCAAUGUUAACCAUCGAUGAAAAUAAAGGUACUGGUGUCGUUACCUCUGUUCCAUCAGAUUCACCAGACGAUUAUGCUUCACUCCAAGAUUUAAAAGCAAAAGCACCACUUCGUGCCAAAUUCUCAAUCAAAGAUGAAUGGGUUUUACCAUUUGAAGUAGUACCAAUCAUUGAUAUUCCAGGCUAUUCCAAUGAGAGUGCCGUUCGUGCUUACAAGGAUUUAGGUAUCAAAUCACAAAACGAUAGAGCUUUACUCGACCAAGCCAAAGAUCUUUGCUAUCAAAAAGGUUUCAAUGAUGGUGUUAUGAGUGUUGGUCCAUAUGCUGGUCGUAAAGUUUCCGAGGUUAAGAAAAUUAUCAAGGAUGAAAUGGUUGCUUCCGGUCAAGCCGUUGAUUACAGUGAACCAACUUCAAAGGUAGUAUCACGUUCUGGUGAUGAAUGUGUCGUUGCUCUCUCUGAUCAAUGGUAUAUAAACUAUGGUGAUGAUGAUAUCGAAUGGAAGAAUCAAACCAUUAAACAAUUGGAAUCAAUGGAAUUCUAUUCAGCUGAAACUAAAAAGAAAUUUGAAAUCGCUUUAGGUUGGAUGAAUCAAUGGGCAUGUAGUCGUAGUUUUGGUCUUGGUACUCAUUUACCAUGGGAUGAGAAAUUCUUAAUUGAAUCUCUCUCUGACUCUACCAUCUAUAUGGCUUUCUAUACAGUUGCUCAUUUAUUACAAGGUGAUGUCAAUGGUUCAAAACCAGGUAGCGCUGGUAUCACUCCAAAACAAAUGACCUCUGCCUGUUGGGAUUACGUUUUAAUGGGUAAACCAUAUCCAGAGGGUUGUGAAGUUUCAGAGGAAAAACUUAAAGAACUCAAGAAGGAAUUCACCUAUUGGUAUCCAGUAGAUAUUAGAGUAUCAGGUGCUGAUCUCAUUCAAAACCAUCUCACCUUUUUCCUCUACACUCACGCUGCAAUCUUUGAAAAGAAAUUCCAACCAAAGAGUAUUCGUGCCAAUGGUUUCGUCAAUUUAAAUGGUGAAAAAAUGUCAAAAUCAACUGGUAACUUUUUAACACUCGUUGAUUCAGUCGCCAAAUUCUCUGCUGAUGGUACUCGUGUCGCUUUAGCCGAUGCUGGUGAUUCCAUUGAAGAUGCCAAUUUUGUAGAUCAAACCGCUGUCACUUCAUUAUUAAAACUCCACACUCAAAUUCAAUGGGUUCAAGAAACUUUAGACUCUAUUGAUAAAUUCCGUUCUGGUCCAUUAGAUCGUAUUCAAGAUACCAUCUUUGAGAGUGAAAUCAACAAUAUCAUUGUAGAAUCUGAAAAAGCUUAUCAAAAAACCAAUUUCCGUGAUGCUCUUCAUUUAGUAUUCUUUGAUCUCCAAAAUGCUCGUGAUCACUACAAAGUAACCACCUUAGAUCAAAUGCACAAGGAUCUCGUUUUAAGAUUCAUUGAAGUUCAAGCUUUAUUAAUUUAUCCAAUCGCUCCACAUUUUGCUCAAAAACUUUUCAAUAUGCUUGGAAAAGGUAAUAUCUUAAGUGCCGGUUGGCCAAAAGCUGGUGCAAUCGAUUAUGAAGCUUUGAAAAAGAAUAACUAUGUUCAACAAACCAUUUACAAUUUCAGAAUGAAAUUACAAGUUUAUCAAAAGGCAAAAUUAAAAGGUAAACCAGCUGGUACUAAAGCAAUUCCAGAUCAAUCAACCAUCAUUGUAAGUAAGAGUUAUCCAAAAUGGCAACAAGAUGUCUUGGAAUACCUUGCCACCAUCUACAAUGAAGAUUCAAAAUCUUUCACAAAAGAUAACAAUGCCAUCGCUGAAGAAUUAUUAUCUCGUGAAGAAAUGAAACCACAUAAAAAAAAUCUUAUGGGUUUUGUCGCUUCUGCAAUUCAAAAUGUUAAAGAAUCUGGUAAAGAUGCUUUACAAACUUCUCUCUCAUUUGAUGAAACUUCAACUCUCACUGAUAAUAUUGAUUAUAUUUGUAAAACUUUAGAAUUAACUAGUUUCGAUGUUAAAGAUUUCAAUGAAAUCCCUCAAGCUUCUCAAUCAAAAAUACAACCAAUUCCAGGUAAACCACAAUUCCAAUUUGUUUAA